GUCGAUUAUGAUACUGACAAGUAUGAAAAACGACGCUAAGUAAAAAAAUAUUACGCUCAUGUAAAAACUAGUAAAAUAUUUGUCGUUGACGAAAUGUCAUUAAAUUGAAAUCGUCAAAAAAAAGUUGUGUGAAGCGAUCUAUUUAUUAUUGUUUUGUUUGGUUUAAUUGCUUUAAUUACUCGUAUUAGGCCAAAAAUUAUUGCAAGAUAAGUUGUGUCGGAUAAGUGGAAGUUCUACCUGUCGAUUAGUGUGCUUAAAUGUUGUUUUUAUGUUAUAAUUGUUGUGAUGUCGGCAGAUUUAUUGUAGGGUCCCGACAAUAACAAAUCUGAAAUGUUACCUAUACUUCUGUAUAAUAAUAUGGAUGGGGGCUCAAAUUCGUUGAACAACGCGCCGAAUACGUCGUUUGGGAGCGUAUACGAUGAAAGUAUUAUUUUGAAUUGUGUUAGAAAUAGAAAAAAGGUGUCGGAAUUGCCGAAUUGUCCUGUAUGCAGUUGUACAAUACGGCAGGGGGAGUUAGAUAGUCAUUUGUCUUUGGAAGUUGAGAGAUUACAAAAGUUGUCUGGAGGUGGAACUAAAAGGAAACUUAGUGCGACUCAGUCAAGUCUAGCGAUACCUGGGUCGAGUACCAGUUCUGAUGUGCAGGAUGACCAGGAAAUCGAUGUCUCUGGGUGUCCAGGCAGUGAUGUGUACCAGCGGGUACACUCCAACCGUCUUCGUCGACUUCGAGCCCGAAGGCGAAGCACCCCGCCUCCACAACAAGGCGAAUGUCCCGUCUGCAACGCUACGCUACCAACGUCCCGGUUACAAAGACAUGCUCUGCGAUGUUUGAAAAGGACUGGGGCGGUCAUGGAUGAGGAUGUUCCUGAUACAAGCUCGGAGGAAGGCAGCAUUGACGUUGAGAACGACUCGCCAAGCGGCUUCGGCGCUGAGUACCAGUGGUGUGGAUCGUGGCGAGUGCGCGCCGCCGCACUUCAGGAUUCAGAAGCACGCGCCGCCACUACUGUACGACGCGCAUCGCACGACCACGCAUUGGUGGUAGACGGCGAUGAAGACACCGAACUCUACGGCCCUCCCCAAUACUCCCCGUCCAGGAUAGCACCCGAUUCAGAAAUCCCAGCACCAGAAGAACCAACGUCAGAGGAACCUCCACCAGCGGAGACGGAAGACGAGCCACCAACGGAGCCCAAAGAGAGCUCCAAACACAAUGGAAUGGUCAUGGCCAGCGCUGAGACAAGAAUACAGGCUUUGAAAGCGAAAAUAAAAGAAUUGGAGAAGAAACAGAAUGGAGCUUCAGAGUCAAAAUGCCUGAUCUGUCUCGGUGCCUACGUGUCGCCCGCCGUCUCGAUACAAUGCUGGCACGUGUAUUGUGAGGUUUGCUGGCUUCAGUCUCUAAAAGCAAAGAAGAUAUGCCCUCAGUGUAACGCCAUCACCACAUCACAACACCUCCGAAGGAUAUACAUGUGAAUAUACAACUAUUUACAGUGUAUACUGUUUAACGUGAGUCCAGAGAUAAAAUUAGAGAAAAUAAAAUUUUGUACAUUUUAUUGGUAUCACGAGUAAAGGUGUGUUCACAUUGAUGUGGGGCGUACGCGCGUACGGCCUUUGUAUGACACUGACACAACUGUGUAGUGAGUGUGUACUGUGUAACGUGAGUUCAGAAACAAAAGUAAAAUAAAAAAUACAAUUUUGUACAUUUUAUUGGUAACACGAAUAAAGGUGUGUUCACAUUUAUGUGGGGCGUUCGGGCUUUUGUAUGACACCGACACAUCUGUAACGUGAGUCCAGAGACAAAAGUAGAAUAGACGAAUAAAAUUUUGUACAUUUUAUUGAUAACACGAGUAAAGGUAUAUCGAUUUGGGGCGUACGCGGGGCGUACGACCUUUAUAUGACACCGGUGUGUGUCUCAUACAUUGACAUCCACAAUGUCAAUGUCAACGUGAAAUUGUGAACUCCGUCAGUUUAUAAUAU